CCAUGUUAGUCCAGUAGUUCCCAAGGAGAGAGAAAGAAGGGCAACUGACGAUUAGAAAAAAACCCCACAAAAAUAACUCUGAAAGAACCGAAUAUGCAUCACCAAUUUAAGUAUGGAAAUAGGAGGAGUCAUGAACUGCAAAAGCUUGAACACUGGUUUUUGCCCUUUGCAAAGUCACUUCCUUCUCUUCACCACACCUGUUUUUAUCAGUGACGUUUCAUUGUCAGAUCAUAGUGUAAGCUAGCACACAUAAGGAAAUACUAAAAUCUUCUCUAUUCAGUUGUGGAUGUUACGUGUUGCUUUUCACAAUUUCCAUAUGUUGAAGUUGUUUCUCUUCAUCUUUUUGACGUGCUGGGUGAGAUCAGAUACAGAACGAAAAUGUCAAGAGUUCACAGAUCUUAGCAUACACAAUGCUUUAGCUGGGACAGAUCUAAAAGUGAAACUGCUGUUGUACACAAGGACAAACCAAAACUGUUCUGAGAGUCUCAGUGAAUAUAAUACAACAGCAUCUACAUAUCUGGAUGUGACCAAGAAAACUAUCUUUAUAGUCCAUGGCUUAAGACUAACAGGCUCUGCACCAGUAUGGCUGAACGACAUGAAAGAACUUCUACUGUCUUUAGAGGACGUUAACCUCAUUAUAGUAGAUUGGAACAGGGGUGCUACAACUGUAAUUUAUCAUAAUGCUGUCCACAACACCAGAAGAGUCGCAGAAAUCUUGAAGAAAUAUAUUGACCAGAUGUUGGCAUAUGGAGCUUCUCUUGACUCUAUUCAUAUGAUUGGAGUUAGCCUUGGGGCUCAUAUAGCUGGAUUUGUUGGAGAAAUGUAUAAUGGUAAACUUGGCAGAAUUACAGGUCUUGACCCAGCUGGCCCUUCAUUCAGUGGGAAACCACCAAAUGAGAGAUUGGAUCAUACAGAUGCACAGUUUGUUGAUGUCAUUCAUACUGAUAUAGAUGUUCUAGGCUUCAGGAAACCUUUAGGAAAUAUCGAUUUCUAUCCAAAUGGAGGAGCAGAUCAGCCUGGCUGUCCACAAACACUGUUUAGUGGAUCUCAGUUUUUUAAAUGUGAUCAUCAGAGAUCUGUUUUCUUGUUCCUGUCAUCCUUGAAACGGAGUUGCAACAUAACAACAUACCCUUGUGAUUCAUACUUGGAUUACCAGAAUGGAAAAUGUGCCAACUGUGAAGCUUUUCAACCAAUGCCAUGUCCAGAACUGGGUUAUUUUGCUGAUAAGUGGAAAAACUAUUUAAUCCAAAAAGACCCUCCGGAGACAAAGGCUUAUUUUGAUACCUCAGGCCAAGAACCAUUCUGCAUGUAUUACUACUUUGUGGAUUUUAUUACUUGGAAUAAAAGCAUUAGGAGAGGUUUCAUCAGAAUUAAAAUAACAGACAAUGCUGGAAACACAAUAGAAUCAAAAAUAAAUACUGAAGCUGCUACAUUUCAGCAGUAUAGAAAAGCCAGUAUCUUUGUUGGAUUUUAUGAGGAUUUUGACAAAAUAUCAAGAAUUUCCUUGACUUUUUCUACAAGAACUCUAAUAGGCCCAAAAUAUAAGCUCAGGAUUCUUCGAAUGAGGCUAAGAUCUACUACAGAUCCAGGAAGGCUGCAGAUGUGCAGAUAUGAUUUUGUACUUCUGGAAAACAUCGAAACAACCUUCAAGCCUAUUCCAUGCCAAGAGAGGGACAAGUAAAGAGAGAGUCUCCGCUAACUUGCUUUCUUUUGUAGAAAAUAUCACUUUUAAUUCUUUCUCGGGACUAAGGCCUGCUCUGAGGAGGGAAAUGAGACAAAACAAGCUCAGUUUCUGAAGUUGAAACGAUAAACUUCAUUGCUUUCUGUGGGUAUCGUAGAGUGAAAUUCAACAACCAGUUCAGUCAAUUUUUUAAAACAAAUGUAUGAUGGCAGAACACGUACAAUGAUCUAUUAGUUUCAGAGUAACAGCCGUGUUAGUCUGUAUCCACAAAAAGAAGAACAGGAGUACUUGUGGCACCUUAGAGACUAAC